GUCCAACUAACAACAAUUUGCGAAAUAAGCCCGUGUAUCCCCAUUUGUGACUAGCUAGUGUACGAGAGUUUCUUCAUUCAGCUAUUGAGCUGCCAGAAAGAUAGUAAAUUAAGUUUCCUCAUUUCCGCAUCUUUGCAGAACAGGGACAUCACGAUUUGGUGCGGAGCAGGUAACUCAUGUCUCGAAGGCGUAACGCAAUUGUAGCUGCAGGAUUAAUAGCUUUUGCUGCAGCUGGCUUGGCGUUUCCUUUUUACAUGGCAUCCUCGUCAAAGAAGCAACCUGUCAUCGAUUCAUCAAAGCCCUUGCCACCCCAAGCUACCUUCCGAGGACCAUAUAUAAAUACUGGUUCACGCGAUGUUGGACCUGACGAUCACAUUUCUCCGAAGAAGUGAUCGUAAAAUGUGCUUAUAUUUUCUCCUUGAACCUCCCUUUUUUAUUUUUAUCAGAGUAGUAUCUAGAAUGUGAAUACAGUAGCUUGGAAACUUGUUUUUCAGACUGACAGGAAAUAUCAAAUUCCAAUCAAUUUAUUACUGCAUUGUAAUUCCAGUAUGAAAUUUUAAGCAUAAGUCAUUGUUUUUGGUGCUUAAUUAAGCAUGCAACAUUGGUAUGUCAAUUAUACACCGAGACAAUGUCAGAGUCUUAAUUCCAAUAAUACAAAUAUUGCAUAUUGCUAUAUUGAAUUGUUCUGUACACAUUAAAAUAAAAUGGAGAAAAAGAGAAGAGGAAAAGGAGGAAGGGGAGAUGGGAAAGAAAGAGAAAGCAAAAUGAAGGUUUGAGCCUUAAGCAAAUUCUACCUUGUGGGGUUAGGAACGACCCUGACUCAAUCCUUAUAUAAAUGUAGGAACUAUUUACUUCAGCGCUAAAAGAGUGAGUCCAUCACUGACUUGUACUCAACUUUAUUCGUUAACGUUUUGAUUUAAUCACGAAUUCAAUGUUUCAUCGAUGAUAAAUUUAGAGUGCUAAGAAUCUCCAAUAAAACUUUAUCCACAUUUUGUAAGUUUAUUGAGCUUAAAUGUACCUAAUUAAAUUCAAUUUAUUA